AUGAUUAAGAAAAGGAAAACUAAAGAAUUAAACAGUGAUAAUCCGAAAACUCAAUAUUUUAACCGAAUUUUUCAACCUUUUCGUGCUAUAGGUUAUGUUACUAAUGAUAUACCUUUUGAUCUCCAAGCAUUGGGACAUGCUUAUUUCUUAACUGCAUGUGUUGGAAAUAGUUUUCAUGUAUAUGAUUGUUCAAAACUCACAUUAAAAAUUGUUGGCUCAUUAACAGAGAAACCAAUUACAGCAUUGGCUUCUUUCAAAGAAAACACAUUUGUAGCUUGUUCACAAGAUAUAAUAAUGUUUAAUCGUGGAAAAGUGAGUAUGCAAUUCAAAAAAAAAUGCAAAGGAACUAUAUUUUCAUUGACUUUGCUAGGAAUUCACCUUAUUGCAUUAAAAUUGGAAUCUGUAAUUCAAUUUGAUGAAAAUUUUGUUAUAUCAACACUUAUUCAUCCCAGUACUUAUUUAAAUAAAAUAUUACUUGGCAGUAAACAAGGAACAAUGCAAAUUUGGAACAUUCAUAAAAAUAAGUUAGUUUAUUCAUUUGCUUCAUUUGAAUCACCAAUCACAUAUCUAAUUCAAUCACCAGUUGUUGAUGUUAUUGCUGUUGGUUUGCUUAAUGGAAUGAUAAAAUUAUAUAAUAUAAGAGCUGAUGAAUUGAUAAUAUCUUUUAAACAAGAAGAGCAAGUUACUGCAAUUUCAUUUAGAACAGACUAUCAACAUUUCAUGGCUACUGCAAAUAUGUGUGGUGAUAUUUUCUUAUGGGAUCUUGAUAAUAAAAGAUUGUCACAUGUAAUGAAAGGUGCACAUGAUGGAUUAAUACCUUCAAUAAAAUUUCUUAAUGGGCAGCCUUUAUUAAUUACAUCAGGUUCUGAUAAUUCAAUAAAACAAUGGAUAUUUGACGAGAUUGAAGGAAUUAUUCCAAGACUUUUAAAAUCCAGAAGUGGUCAUCAUGCACCACCAACUAAAAUUCAAUAUUAUGAUUCCAGAGGUCAAUUUAUUCUUAGUGCGGGUAGUGACAAAUCCUUGAGGACAUUUUCAAUACAACGUGAUGAACAAAGUGUAGAAUUAUCACAAGGUUCUCUCCUGAAAAAAUCUAAGCAAAAAAAAACAAAUAUUGAUAAUCUGAAAUUACCUCAAAUAAUUGAUUUUUCUGCAUGUGAAGCUAAACAAAAAGAAUGGGACCAUAUCAUUACAUGUCAUAUUAAUCAUCCGAAAGCUUAUACAUGGUCCUUCCAAAAUAAGGUCAUAGGUAAACAUAUUAUUAAAAGUUCAGAAAUAAUAAAGGUUUCAACUAUUAGCUCAUGUGGAAAUUUUGGAUUUAUUGGUACUGCUGCUGCAAAAAUUGAAAUGUUUAAUAUGCAAUCAGGCAUCUCCAGAAGAAAAUUUGAAGGAAUGGAAGGACAUACAAAAUCUAUCACUGGGUUAUCAUGUGAUCUUCUUAAUAGAAUUUUAUUAAGCAGUUCUCUUGAUGGGAGUGUUAAGAUUUGGGAUUUUAAUACAGCCAAAAUUUUAGAUACUAUUGAUGUACAAUCACCCAUAACUCUACUUAGAUUCCAUAAGAAAAAUGAAUUGUUGGCAAUUAGUAGUGAUGAUUUAUGUAUUCGAGUGAUAGAUAUUGAUACCCAUAAGAUAGUGAGAGAGUUCUGGGGUCAUAGAAAUCGAAUUACUGAUUUGACAUUUAGCCCUGAUGGAAGAUGGAUAGUAUCAACAUCCCUUGAUGCUACAAUACGUACUUGGGAUUUACCUACAGGUCAUUUGAUUGACAUAUUUAGAGUGAAUGAUAUUGCAACAAGUUUAACAUUUUCCCCUUCAGGAGAUUUUUUGGCAACAUCACAUGUAAACAAUGUUGGAAUAUUUUUAUGGGCAAACCGGACUAUGUUUCAAAAUGUUACUUUAAACAAAGUAAAUGAUGAAAUGGAACAAGUUGAUAAUUAUUUUACACCACUUCCAACUACUGCUGGAAUUGAUAGUGAAGAAGAAGAUACAGAGAUAAAUCAUAAUACUACAUUAGCAACAAAAGAAUCAUUUGAGACACCAGAACAAAUUACACAGAAUAUGAUCACAUUAUCAUCACUCCCAAAGUCAAAAUGGCAAAAUUUGUUGAACCUUGAAACAAUAAAGAAACAUAAUAAACCCAAAGAACCACCUAAAAAACCAGAAAAGGCACCAUUUUUCCUGCCAACAUUACCAGGUGUGGAACCAAAAUUUGUGAUUACACCCAAUUCUAAUGAAGCAUUAUUCAAAGAAGCCAAAAGCAAUGGUAAAUUAAUAAAAUCAAGUGAUAUCAAAGUGGAAACUGAAUUUGUACUAACAUUAAAAAGAUGUCAUGAAUUGAGAGAUU